GAAGUGAUCAUGAAUAUAAAUGUUACGGGCUCACUCGCUGACACACACACACACACACACACACAGGUGUCAAAACUUAAGAGACGAACUCUGUGUGGAGUGAGUAGCAAAAUAACACUGAAAUGUCUCGUCAGGGCCUUCGACCAGCCGAUCCAAAGAAAGUGAGUGGAGAGCUCUUCACAUUGACCUAUGGAUCACUUGUAGCACAGCUAUUGAAGGACUACGAAAACGUUGAUGAUGUUAAUCGUCAGCUGGAAAGAAUGGGCUACAACAUUGGCAUGAGACUCAUUGAAGACUUUCUUGCCCGAGCCAACCCAGGAAGAUGUUAUGACCUCCGGGACACAGCAGAUAAAAUACAGCAAGCCUUCAAGCUUUACCUUGGGGUGUCACCAAGCAUUGGGAGCUGGAAUCCAGGGGGUGAUGAAUUUUCUGUUGUGUUAGAAACCAACCCCUUAGCAGAAUUUGUAGAAUUGCCAGACCACUGCCUUGGCCUCAGGUACUCCAAUAUCCUGGCUGGAAUAAUUCGAGGAGCCUGUGAAAUGGUACAAAUGGAGGUGAUGGCUUGGUUCAUCGCAGACCAGCUAAAAGGAGACAACGUGACAGAGAUUCGCAUCAAGUUUGUGAAAAGGUUAGAGGAUGCCAUUCCAGCAGGUGAAGAUUGAGUUCAAUACAUUUACUCAAUAAAAUUUGAUAUACUUCACUUAAUUUGCUACAGGAAUGUAGUUGUUAUGCACAUUUGCCCUAAGUAGUGAUGUCAUGAAAUCCAAUGAUUUUCAUUUUCAUAUACAUAAAUGAUAGAUUGGUUUAUUCACAAGAGAUACACAAAAAUCAAGAACAUUUGGGGAUGCAAUAAUUGGAGAUUGUUGCAAAAUAGUGUCAUUUUGUGUGAAACAUUGCAUGAAAUAUCAUAUUGUUAUUUUGGGCAAUCUCCCUUAAGGAUGGGUUUUCCUUUUUUUCUUCUCUUUUUCAUACACAGCGUAUUAUUGUACAGGUCUACAGAGAAAUGUUAUACUCUCAUCAGAUUACAAGCAGUAUCUGGUGUUGAGACUGUAAUUGUUAGAAAUCAUGAUAGCAGAGGAUUUAGUCAUUUGUGUUUGGCUUUGGUGACAUAACUUUGCAUAGUGUAGUGAUAUUUAAUGAUCUUUUGUUCCACUGCUCUUGAUGGUUGAUCAUCACCUCUGAAAAUGUGGAAGUAACAUUGAAAAGUGUUAAGAAACAUAAUUAGAAAUAACAUAUGAUUACCUAAUUCUAAAAUUUCAUAUAAAAAUUAUCAAUGUCUUAUAAUUUUGUCCCAUUCCUGUUAUGUAGGAUGUAUUGUACAUCCUACUUCAUCAUUAUAUAUUGUAGAAAUAAAGAUAUCAACUUUA